AAUGAAAUUCAGUAGUCAAUGAUGAAAAAUCACACAGUAGCAAUCUUCAUCCUAUUGGGCCUGACAGAUGACCCUCAACUUCAGAUUCCAAUUUUUAUGUUUCUAUUUCUCACUUACAUAUUGAGUAUAACUGGGAAUCUGACCAUCAUAUCCCUCACUUUAGUAGACUCUCACCUUAAAACACCCAUGUACUUUUUCCUACAGAAUUUUGCCUUAUUAGAAAUUUCUUUUACAUCUGCUUGUAUUCCUAGAUAUUUAUACAACAUAGCAACAGGUGACAGGUCAAUUACAUAUAAUAUUUGUGUUAUUCAAGUGUUUUUUACUGAUGUUUUUGGAGUAACAGAAUUUUUUCUCUUGGCUGCCAUGUCUUAUGACCGCUAUGUGGCCAUCUGCAAACCCCUGCAGUAUGUAACCAUCAUGAACAACAGAGUGUGCAAGAGGCUCGUCCUCUGCUGUUGGAUGGCUGGCUUGUUGAUCAUACUCCCACCACUUACUUUGUUCCUCAAUUUGAAAUUCUGUGAUUCAAAUGUCAUUGAUUAUUUUUUCUGUGAUGCAUCUCCAAUCUUGAAGAUUUCAUGUUCAGACACAUGGCUCAUAGAGCAGUUGGUUAUUGUCUGUGCUGUGCUGACCUUCAUUCUGACCCUUGUGUGUGUUCUUCAAUCUUACAUUUCUAUCAUCAAGACCAUUCUACAAUUCCCCUCUACCCAACAAAGGAAAAGAGCCUUUUCCACCUGUUCUUCUCACAUGAUUGUGGUUUCCAUCACCUAUGGAAGUUGUAUCUUCAUCUAUGUCAAUCCUUCAGCAAAGGAAUCAGUGACUAUUAAUAAGGGUGUGACAGUGCUAAUGACGUCCAUAGCUCCCAUGUUGAACCCAUUCAUUUACACUCUGAGAAACAAGCAAGUGAGACAAGCCUUCAAUGAUUCUUUCAAAAAAAUUGCAUUGGUAUCGAAAAGUAAGAGAAUGUUCAAGCCCAGAAAUAAAAUAACAAGCUAG